UUUUCCAUGGCUAUUUAGGCAGUUGUUUUAUUAAACAAAAUUCGCAAUACGGGAACAAAAGAUUUCAGCGAUAAUGAAGAAGAAAGUUUUUGUCUUCCGGUGACUCUGAAGGCUGAAAUAUCCCCACAUUUGCCACCCCCUCCAGAAGGCCUCACACGUAAACAGAUCAAAAGACGGUGUGUGUUAGAAUGUAUCAUAUCCAGUGAAAAGUCAUAUAUCGAAAGUCUCCAGAGAAUACACAACGACUAUGAGACUCCAAUUCUGGAAGCUGUUGACUCGCAGAAAUCUAAAGUGAAAAGUUCACUGAAAAAGUUACGGGAGAUACUCAACUACCAUCGUAUGUUCCAGAUCGAACUGGCCAAUCGUGUCAAUGACUGGCAGGAAGAAAAUAUCAUUGGAGACAUCUUCAUUGCAUCGUUCUCAAAGUCAAUGGUACUCGAUGCUUACAGUGUAUACGUGAAUAAUUUUACUGCCACCAUGGAAGAUAUCAAGAAGCUACAGAGAACUCGACAGUCAUUCAGGGAUUUCCUAAAACAAAAGGAAACCAGUAGUCUAGACCGUCUGUCAAUAUUUGCCCUGAUGGUGAAGCCAAUUCAAAGAUUCCCACAGUUUAUCAUGUGCCUUCAGGAUCUGCUUAAAUACACACCCAAGGGUCAUGAAGACCGAAAGGCCCUCCAGCUUGCUGUGACCAUCCUGGAGAAUCUGGCUCUCAAAUUGAAUGAUCGGAAACGAGAGAGUGAGAAGAAAUUUGCAGCCAAACAACUAUCGGUGAAGAUUCGAAUGUCCGCUUUCCAUAACUCCUUCUUGAUCCGUGAAGAUGACAUGUUUCAUAUCGUGAAUAAUUGCACAAAGAAACGGCGGUUAAUAAUGCUGAAUGAUGCACUUGUGUGCAUCAAGGUGCAGGAAAGUGAAAGAGAUGGUGAGCUCAUUGAACGGUACAAACACAAGUGGACUGUCCCUUUACAGGAUGUACGGCUAAAGUCCAGCUGUAGCAUGCUACCCAAGAUGAAAUCUCCAUAUACACUGACAGAACCAUAUGGCUUCCAAAGAAUUGACUCUAAAAGUAAAAAUGUAGAAGACAUUUAUGAAGAGAUCUAUGCAAUGAAUCACGAUUAUAGUAUAUGGAGCCAAAUGCACAACCUUGCUUCGUCCCUCAAACUAACAUAUGAAGUCCUUAACGAAGAGUUAAUCAAUGGUAUAUUGAGUGACCUUCAGCACCGAAUUCAAGUCCAAACUGAACAAGUCCAGCUUGUGAAUAACUGUAUCAUAGAACUGGAGAUUCCUGACAAAUCAGGAAAAGUUUGUGAAGUUUUCCAGACAUGGACUCCAACAAUGAAACAACAUUGGUGCCUGGAUUUGGCCAUUGCCAAAUUAGCAUUAAGUCCUCAAAACCAACCUGGCUGGGAUGUACCAGUUUUAAACACUGAUCAGCUGACCGAGAGCCUUUCUGCCUUCCAUGUUAGUUCCUUAGCCAUUGACGUGUCAACCCACAUGAGUCAGCUGCAGUGUGCAGUUGGUGUCUAUCUGCAGUCUUUUACUGGUUACAACAUAAAAAUCCCUCACAUCUGGGUAUGCAGCAACAUUGCUGAGAGUGGUGGUCAGGUGUCCAUUAUAUCAGUGCAGACAGGCUGCAGUUCUGUCUAUCUGAAUGAAGCAUUCCAGGCCACUGAUUCAGCCAUAACAUGCGUGGAGAGUGUUGUAGGUAACAGCAGCCUUGAUGGUUGGACCACAUCUAUGGAUACUGUCUGGAUGGCUACUGAGACAUGCAAGAUGUACAUCUAUGGCUUGCAGAGUUGUAAGAGCAGACAACGACAACCAAUCAAGGUGUUUGAUUUACCUGGCAAAGUUCUGCAUCUGCUCUAUGUCGGAGACAAAAUAUUUGCUGGCAUGGAUAAUGGGUCUGUUUUAAUAUUUGAAAGGAAAGCAGAUGGAGAUUAUAGUUGGUGUGUUGAGCAUCCAGAAGUAAUCAGUCUCAGUUCUAGUCCCAUUGUUUGUUUACUGGAUAUCACAUGUGAUAAUUGUAUUUUAGCUGCAAGUGAUAAUAUGAUAUACAAGAUAGAUUACUUUACUGGAAAAAUACAGGUCUCCUGUUGCCUGUCCCCUGAAGGUGUUAUCCAACACAUAGUGCAGGCAGGAGUUGGUAUCUGGGUCUCCUAUCAGAACAGUCCCACCAUACAUCUCUAUCAUAUUGAGAAUUUGAAUCUCUUACAGGAAAUCAAUAUUGCUUCGGCUGGAACAAGGGUCCUUCCUGCAGAUUCCCCAAAAGAAUGUACUGUGACAUGUCUUCUAUCAAGUCUUGGAAUGUUAUGGAUUGGAACGAACCUUGGCCUCUUAGUGUCAUUUCCUUUGCCUCGCUUACGAAAUGGUGUCCCUCUAGUCAGUGGACGUCCAUUUGUCUCAUAUCAUGGCCACAAAGAAACUGUCCGAUUUCUAUUACCUUUCAUGUUGGGUUACAGAACAAAAAGCGGCAGCAAUACUUUGCAAUACAAUUCCAAAACGCUGUCCAUGGCGUCCAAGAUUCAAACACUCAAGACCACUGGUGUCAGUUCUCGCUUUGAGGACCUCAUUGAAGAUGACAAUGGUGUUAAGAUUGAAAAUGAUGAUGAUGAGGAUGAUGAUGACGACAACCAAACAUUGGUUGAGGAGGGCUAUAAAAUGUUACAGGAGGAACUGAAAGAAAAACUGUCCAAACGCUACAACUCAACACCAAAUCUACUUAUAGAAGAAGACGAGGACAAAAAUGAAGUGCCAAAUGUGCAAAAUAAGGAACAGAGGGGUACAAAGGAAAUGGAAGUGUUGUAUCGAAGUCUGAUGGGUAAUUCAAUUAGGAGGUCUCGCACUCAAUCCCUUCACCACCACCGGUUAUCAAAGUUGCGGGGCAGGGCUGAUAGUGGUGGCCAGCAUGGAAACUUUGAUAGUAAGUUUGGUAGUUAUAAUGACAGCAGCAUUAGUAACCGAAACACUUUAGCAGCCAUCAAGGGAAGUCCACUUUCGUCUCUGUCACAAAAGGUCGUGAAAAAUUCAGCCAUCCAUCGCAGAAGCAAAGAUGAAACGAUGUGCCAAAAUGUUAGUGCUGGCCAUGAGUGCACUGUCCCCGGUGCAUCGACCACUUCUGACAGCACUCUUACUACUACUACUACUACUACUACUACUGCUACUGCAACAAUACCAACAUCAACAUUAGUCCCAACAACAACAACAACAACAACAACAAUGGUAGAGAAGAAAAAAGCGACGUUGGUGAGACAAAGACCUACCGAAGAGAUGAGUGAGGAGCCAGUUCCUGAAGCAAAUGUUGAUGAUUCAGAAACAGCUUCAACAACAAACACACAGACAACCAUCACUACAACACCGACAUCUUCGACAACAACACCAACGUCUUCAUCAUCAUCAUCUGCAUCAUCAUCAUCAUCACCAUCGUCAUCAUCAUCAACGACAGCAACAACAACAACAACAACAACAACAACAGCAACAGCAAGAAGAAGAAGAACAACAACGGCAACAGCGUCGAUAACAAUAUCAACAGCAACAAACCAUUUCUCAUCUCUACAGUCACAAAUGUCCCAAAGUUCCAGAAUAUGGGAAUUCCAAGAAGAAUCAGACUGUAACUCAAUCAUGAUAGUCAGUGGAGGUAACGGAUAUUUCAAUGCUAGUCCAAAUGCAGCGGCAAAUAAAACUAGUCGAGGAAACGAUUCCACACUCCUAUUCUGGAUCUACAAAAUAUGACAUAUAUAACAGUGUUGUUGUUAUUGCUAUUGUUGUUGUUGUUUAACCCCAGAUUAAAGAUCUGACAGAACAAACCUAUCCUUAAUCCUUUUGUUAUUAUAUUUCUACUGAAAAAUACAACUUUAAUUUCAAUUGAGUUUAAAAUAAUGAAGAUUUUAUUAAAAUGACUUUGUCGUUACUAAGCCGGUGUAUAAAACAUAAAUUAACACAAA